CAGGGACACACGUGAUCCGCUGUCGCUGGCUCCUGACAGUCGCUGGUGAAGCUCAGCGGGGAAACAGAUUGCACCUUUUUCUCUCUCGAAUAAUACUGGAUUUUCCCCACUGCUUCCCUGUUUGUCCAAUGCAUCUACUUUUUCAGAGGACAGAGGGGAGAUUAUUCCAGGUAAAGGAUCUUAAACGUUGAUUUUUUUCAUCACCAUUGAGGUUUUGGGGGUUUGGGAAGGCUGAAGAUCUCGCUUUUUUCUCCUCUAUCAGUGAUGCAGUGAUUCCAGUACAAAAAAAUCGGAGAGCUUCGCAGAGCAUCAUUAGUGAGGUAGAUGGGACAGAGGUCAGGAAAUGAUUUCGUAGAAGAAAUAAAAGUUUAGUCUUAAUGUAUUAGCUUUUUUAAACAAUUCAAUACAACAGUGUCACGUUAUUUUAGAAACAUUAAGACCAGUGUCGCUUGUUAAGGGAGGGUUUGGACUGAAGAGGAUUGUGUUGCACCCGUGUUCGCUAGCAGAUUGCUGGUCAUUAUGUUGAAACGGUUGUAAGCGCUGGGAUCGGACGGCGGCCUUGAGACACAGAGGGCCUGUCGGGCUGCGCUUGUCAAUCGCUGCAGAGCUGUUUGACAGUUUUGUGUUUUUCAGCACCGCCGGGGAGGAGACAGCGCGAGAAGCCGAAAGCAAUGACUCCCGUCGUCUGUUUCAGCACGAUAGCGUGAAUCUGAUGAAAGGAUCUGGCUAUCCAUCACCCAUCUCAAGCGUUUGCACUUUAAUUGGAUCAGAAAGGGAACUGCACAAUGUUCCAGAAUAGAAUAAAGGAACUGAUGGAUAUCUUCGUCAACAUACGUUGUUUUUAAGUAACUUGGAUUAUAAAAAAGGGGAGAAAGGUGCGAAAGAAGAGGCAGAAGCCACUCGAUUUCAAAACAGUAUUUGGUUGAUGCGUGACUUCGUUCGGCAGUUAUAGGGUGGGAAAUGAUCUCGAGCGGCGAUAUAUUCUGCCCUCGGAGUCUGGCCUGCUCGUAGACUGCAGUCUGCAGGUAUGCCAAGAAAGGUUUUUAUUCAGAAGGUUUAUAAUGCCUCAGUGCAAAUUAAUCAUUUUUAGUAGCCAGCCAGUAUACUACAGGGAAUACAGUUAUAUGUUGAAUUAGUUUAGGCCUAUAAGUCUUGGACUUAAUUUUUUUUUUCUCAGAGGCCAAUUACAAAAACCAACUUUUUUUACAACAUGGUGCUUGCAAUGAGGCACGGUGCCCAUUUAAUCUGGGUAGGCCUGUUCGUGUGCUGUAUGUUGGACCUUGGUGCCAGCUUGGAGUUCACGGGUGCAGAGGGACAAUGGGCGAGGUUUCCUAUGUGGAAUGCGUGUUGUGAGAGCGAAAUGAGCUUCAACAUGAAAACGAAGAGCUCCCACGGACUCCUAGUGUACUUCGAUGAUGAGGGCUUCUGCGACUUCCUUGAGUUGCUAAUACACAAUGGCAGACUUAGCCUCCGGUUCUCAAUAUUCUGCGCCGAUCCCGCCACAGUGCUGUCGGACACAGCAGUCAACGACAGCCAGUGGCACGCGGUCACAAUAAGGAGGAACUUCAAAACCACCACAUUAAUUGUGGACAAAGAGAUAAAAUGGGUGGAGGUGAAGUCAAAAAGACGGGACAUGACAGUAUUCAGCCAUUUAUUUUUAGGGGGGGUACCGCCGGAACUACUGUCUGCAACACUGAGGCUUACAUCGGCGGCUGUGAAGGACCAAGUUCCCUUUACAGGAUGGAUAACCGACCUGAAAGUAAACAAUUCGGAACCUGCGCUUAUUGACAGCGAAGGAGUCAAAGAUGAUGUUUGUGGCUCAGACAAUAUGUGUUUAAAUGGAGGAGUCUGCAGCGUUAUCAACGACGAACCGACCUGCGACUGCUCACAGACUGGGUAUCAGGGAAAGGACUGCAGUGAAGAAGACAAGUAUGUUCAAGGUCUUGCGCACCUGAUGAUGGGCGACCAAGGCGCGCACCCCCGCAUUGCUUCAGCCACCGGAAAAGAAGAAUACGUCGCCACCUUCAAAGGAUCGGAAUACUUCUGCUACGACCUGUCCUUGAACCCGAUCCAGAGCAGCAGCGAUGAAAUCACGCUCUCGUUCAAAACGCAGCAGAGAAACGGCCUGAUGCUGCACACGGGGAAAUCGGCCGACUACGUCAACCUGGCGCUGAAAAACGGGGCGGUGUCUCUCGUCAUUAAUCUGGGGUCCGGGGCCUUCGAAGCUCUGGUGGAGCCGGUCAAUGGGAAGUUUAAUGACAAUGAUUGGCAUGAUGUCAAAGUUACCAGGAAUCUCCGUCAGCACUCAGGCAUUGGACACGCUAUGGUAACAAUAUCUGUGGAUGGAAUUCUGACCACCACGGGAUAUACACAAGAGGACUACACCAUGCUAGGUUCUGAUGACUUUUUCUAUGUCGGGGGCAGUCCUAGCACGGCCGACCUGCCAGGAUCGCCCGUUAGCAACAACUUUAUGGGUUGCCUAAAAGAGGUAGUGUAUAAAAACAACGAUGUCAGGUUGGAGCUGUCCAGAUUAGCCAAGCAAGGAGACGUGAAGAUGAAGGUCCACGGCAUGGUGGCCUUCAAGUGCGAGAACGUGGCCACCCUGGAGCCCAUCGCCUUCGAGACGCCCGAGUCCUACAUCACGCUCAGCAAGUGGAACGCCAAGAAGACGGGCUCCAUCUCCUUCGACUUCCGCACCUCCGAGCCCAACGGCCUGCUCCUCUUCAGCCACGGCAAGCCCAAGCAGCCGCAGAAGGACGCCAAGGGCCCGCAGACGCUCAAGGUGGACUUCUUCGCCAUCGAGAUGCUGGACGGCCACCUCUACCUGCUGCUGGACAUGGGCUCGGGCACCACCAAGACCCGGGCCGUCAACAAGAAGGUCAACGACGGGGAGUGGUACCACGUGGACUUCCAGAGGGACGGGAGAUCAGGUACCAUCUCUAUCAACACCAUCCGCACGGCCUACACGGCCCCGGGCGAGAGCGAGAUCCUGGACCUGGACGACAGCCUGUACCUGGGGGGGCUCCCGGAGAACCGGGCGGGGCUGGUCUUCCCCACGGAGGUGUGGACGGCGCUGCUCAACUACGGCUACGUGGGCUGCAUCCGCGACCUCUUCAUCGACGGCCAGAGCAAGGACGUGCGCCGCAUCGCCGAGGCGCAGAAGGCGGCCGGCGUCAAGCCCUCCUGCACCAAGGAGGCGCCCAAGCAGUGCCUGAGCAACCCGUGCCAAAACAACGGCGUGUGCCGCGAGGGGUGGAGCCGCUACGUCUGCGACUGCUCCGGGACCGGCUACCUGGGCCGCUCCUGCGAGAGAGAUGCCACCAUUCUGAGCUACGACGGCAGCAAGUUCAUGAAGAUCCACCUGCCGGUGGUGAUGCACACGGAGGCCGAGGACGUGUCCCUGCGCUUCCGGUCCCAGAGGGCCUUCGGCGUGCUGAUGGCCACCACGUCCCGGGACUCCGCCGACACCCUGCGCCUGGAGCUGGACGCCGGGCGCGUCCGGCUCACCGUCAACCUAGACUGUAUCAGGACUAACUGUUCCUCCAGCAAGGGUCCGGAGACAAUAUUUGCUGGCCAUAAUCUGAAUGAUAACGAGUGGCACACGGUCCGAGUGGUCAGGAGGGGGAAGAAUUUGAAGCUGACCGUGGACGAUAUGCAGCCCGUGGAAGGUCAAAUGGCGGGCGACCACACCCAGCUGGAGUUCCACAACAUCGAGACGGGCAUCGUGACGGAGAAGCGCUUCAUGGCGGUGGUGCCGUCCAACUUCAUCGGCCACCUCCAGAGCCUGUCCUUCAACGGCAUGGCCUACAUCGACCUCUGCAAGAACGGCGACAUCGACUACUGCGAGCUCAACGCCAUGAUCGGCUUCAAGAACAUCAUCGCCGACCCCGUGACCUUCAAGUCUCGCACCAGCUAUGUGGCCCUCAACACCCUGCAGGCCUACUACUCCAUGCACCUGUUCUUCCAGUUCAAAACCACGUCCUCCGACGGCCUCAUCCUCUACAACAGCGGGGAUGGCAACGACUUCAUCGUGGUGGAGCUAGUCAAAGGAUAUCUGCACUAUGUCUCUGACCUGGGGAAUGGGGCGCACCUGAUCAAGGGGAACUCCAACAAGCCCCUGAACGACAACCACUGGCACAACGUCAUGAUCUCCCGGGACACCAAUAACCUCCACACGGUCAAGAUCGACACCAAGAUCACCACCCAGACCACUGUGGGCGCCAAGAACCUGGACCUGAAGGGUAAGCUGUUCAUCGGGGGCGUUGCCAAGGAACAGUACAAAGACCUGCCCAAGCUGGUCCUCGCCAAGGAGGGCUUUCAGGGCUGCCUGGCGUCGGUGGACUUGAACGGACUUCUCCCGGACCUGCUGUUGGACGCCCUGGACUGCGUGGGGCAGAUUGAGAGGGGCUGUGAAGUUGCAUUGAUGAAAGCUGACUUGCAAGGCCCCAGUACCACCUGUCAGGAGGACUCGUGUGCCAAUCAGGGCGUGUGUCUGCAGCAGUGGGAGGGCUUCAGCUGCGACUGUAGCAUGACGUCUUUCGGAGGGCCACUCUGCAACGACGCGGGAACGACGUACAUUUUCGGGCGCGACGGCGGGCUGAUCGUGUACACGUGGCCUCCGAACGACCGGCCGAGCACGCGGGCGGACCGGCUGGCCAUCGGGUUCAGCACGCAGCUGAAGGAGGCCGUGCUGGUGCGGGUGGACAGCUCCUCGGGCCUCGGAGACUACCUGGAGCUGCACAUCGAAAGGGGCAAUAUCGGAGUUGUAUUUAAUGUUGGAACAGAUGACAUUAAUAUUGAAGAAACGACAAAGUUUGUAAAUGAUGGGAAAUACCACAUAGUGCGGUUUACGCGGAGUGGUGGCAAUGCCACACUACAGGUGGAUGACCUGCCUGUCAUUGAGCGAUAUCCCACAGGCAACAAUGAUAACGAACGCCUGGCGAUUGCUAGACAGCGAAUCCCAUAUCGACUUGGUCGAGUAGUUGACGAAUGGCUACUCGACAAAGGACGGCAGCUUACUAUCUUCAACAGCCAAACCACCAUAAAAAUCGGGGGCAGGGACCGCAGCCGCCCCUUCCAGGGACAGCUGUCUGGCCUCUACUACAACGGCCUGAAGGUGUUCAACAUGGCGGUGGAGGGGGACCCCAACAUCCGGAUCGAGGGCAGCGUGCGACUGGUCGGGGAGUUGCCCAUCACGCCCCAGUCCAGCGUCACGGCCAACAACCGCUCCGAGACGUCCACCUCCAUCAUGGAGAUCACCACGACGACCGCCUCCAGUCGCCGGGGCAAGCAGCCUACUCCUCGUGAACCUCAGCAGACCACGGAUGACCUGUUGGUGGCGUCUGCGGAGUGUCCGACUGACGAUGAGGACAUAGAUCCCUGUGAGCCGAGCUCAGCCAACCCCACGAGCCCGGGAACAAAGGGGUACCCGGGAACCUCAGAAGUGUUCCGGGAGUCCAGCAGCACCACGGGCAUGGUGGUGGGCAUCGUGGCGGCCGCCGCCCUCUGCAUCCUCAUCCUCCUCUACGCCAUGUACAAGUACCGCAACCGCGACGAGGGCUCCUACCACGUGGACGAGAGUCGCAACUACAUCAGCAACUCGGCCCAGUCCAACGGCACCGUGGUGAAGGAGAAGCCUGCCAACAGCGCCAAGAACUCAGGCAAGAACAAGAAGAACAAGGACAAGGAAUACUACGUGUGAUCCGCCUCCCUGCCCCCUCCCACCCAAACCCCCCACCCAUCCCACCCCCGCCACCCCUACGCCCCAAGCUGGGAGCUCCACUCAAAGACCAGAAGACCCCCGUGUGUAUGAUAACAAAGCCACAAACUAAUAAAACGUUUAGUCUUCAUUUUAUCUAAGACAUGGUGGAAAAAUGGAAAACAAACUUAACAGAAAAAAACCCCACAAACUUGCUUCACUUUCUACUUGAGCACAUCAGACUAUGAGGAGGCAGACGCCAGACGUAAACCAGCCAAACUGACAGACGGUUGAGCUGAAAAAGCAAGCGACCGGCGAAAAGCAGGCCAAACAGAAUUAACACAAAUACUCUGAUGAGCAGCAAACAGGAUACUGACAUCACUUUCUCUUUUUCCCCUCUUUUCUCUCUUCCUCCGGGAAGGGGGUGGGGGAGGGGAGGGGAGGAGUGGUUCGGAGACCAGUGAUAUGAGGGGGAGGUAAAAUAUCAUAAACUGUCAGUGUUUUCAUUUAUGUUGCCUGUGUUUGUGUUGCUGGGACAUUUUCUUAAUGAUGAAAAAAAAAUAAAAGAUUACAAACCGAUGCAUAAAUCAGUGAAAUGAUAAAACCGCCAAAACAUUCAAGAGUGAAGACGAGCGAAGGGAAACCAAGGGAGAAGGAUGUGGAAAAUGCAGAAGCUACCUAUGUUUGAGGAAACAGCCAAAGUAUUUGCACUUAUACUGACAGCAGGGCCAGCAUGGACUGCGUUGCCAGGCCGACUGUCCGUCAAAAGUGCAAAGAAUGGUGUGGCCACCAGAUAUAAAAAAGACUCAUUACAAAAAAAAGGAAAAAAUAAAUAAAUAAACAUUCAUGUUGUGAUUAAGGAAUACGGAGGCCUUAAUUUCAUUCUCAGUGUGAAAUCUAAGGCAUGUGUUUUUGCGCAGAAUUCAAGGAUAACUGAGGAAUCGGGAGAACUCCAUGCACGCAAAGUAUCUUAUAACAUAUGUUUAUAUACAGUACAAACACAUCUAUAUGUGCUUUCUGGACUGUGACAAGUGGUGUUUUAUAGGCUGUUGUAUAGAUGAUGCAAACUAUAUCGGCUCUUCAACCAUUUUUAGUAAAAAAAAAAACGAAAGAGAAAAGAAUAAAAAACAAACAUAAAUGUUAGUAAGUGUUGCUAGAUAUAGAUUUUAUGACAACAUCUGCAGUUACCUUUUUUUGUUGCAUUAUUCUUUUUUUUAUCCCUCUUCUAUGCAUAUUUUCCUGUUCAGUUUUUUUUUUUUUUUUCCACAGCCAUCAAUCUGUAGUCCAUCUAGUGUCCCAGCUGUUGCCUGACUUGUCCACAUGAAUUACUCAGCAUUGAGGAAGAGGCUGGAUGGUGGGGCACCUAGGGCAGGAGCGGGGGUGUAUGGGGUGGGGGAGGGGGGGAUAUCAGGGGGGCAAGAAAUUACAAAACAGGAAUCAUGAAGCAGGAAGAGGUGGCUUAUAGAAUCACCACCCUCUUCUAAAACCCAUCCCCAAAUUAAACCUGUAUGCUAAACAAGAAUGUCGAUGUGUGUGAAUGGCGAUGCUGUUAUGUACUUGGUAAUGAACAUACUGUAGGUCCUGACUGAUACUUGGUUUGAUGAAAAAGGAAAGGUUCCUUGGAGUAGAGAAAAGAGGCCAUUUCAAUAUUUCUGUGUUUGUGCUGUCAUGCUGUUAUUCAGAUCUGCUUUCUUGAGACCUGUAUUCAGAAUGAACAAGGGAAAGAAGAAUAUUACCUAAGCUAUAAAUAAUUAUAAUUGUUUUUUUUUUAUUAUUAAUUCUUUUCUACAGUAUUUUAUGUUAAUUGUGAUGAUUCUCUAUUGACCUCAAAGUAAACUUUAUUAUAAAAAAUAGUUUUGAAAAAAAUACAUGAAUAAAUAAAACAUUACCUAAAGUAAACAUAAGUCUAUGAUGAAAUUAUUAGAAAGGUGUGUAAAAGCUAUGUUAAAUGAAAAAUUCUAUAAGGGGAAAUAACCAAAAAUGACCUUUUUUUCCCCGUGGCUUUAAUUUAAUUUUUUUUUUACAUUUAAAUGAGUGUGAUUUGAUCAUGAAUUUACCAAUCAAAACUAUAUAAAUAAAAUGUAUGGGAGGUGGAGGGGGCGGGGGAAUCUCUUGAAAGUUUUGUUUUUGAUGAUUUUUUUUUUUUUUAAAUACUGCUUCAUUAUGUACUACCCCGUUCAUUAUAAUCUAUGUAUCUCAUAAUCUGCCAUUUUAUUUUGAAUUUUUAACACAGAGCUUAUGCUGGAAAUAAAAACUAAAGUGGGUGAGAAGCAGCCGUCAUGUUGA